ACCUAUUUCUAUACCUAUAUAAAUUCAUAACCUAAACAUAUUUAUAAUCUAAUUAAGAAAUAGUAAAAUAACACAGAAAAGAUGCCUGCGGUAAUAGUAGGACCACCUCAGCGUAGUGAACAGAUGUGGCAAGCAUUAAAAACUCAUAUUACAAGGGAACGACAAAGAAAAAAACAAGAACAAGAAGCUGAUGCUGAAGAAGAACGUCAAAGAAAGGAAAGAGAACGUCAACAAAAACAAGAUGUUAUGACUUUGGGCGAAACACGUGAACAAAUAUCCAACCUUGAAAAUGAAUUAGCUCAACUAAAAGAUGAAAAGCAUCAAUUAUUUUUGCAAUUAAAAAAAGUUCUUAACGAAGAUGAUAACAGAAGGCGUCAACUUAUCAAGGAAACAAGAAACUGUUCCGAAGUGUUAACGGCAGUUGGAGGAUAUCAUGGUACAGUUUCACAAGUAGUACAGCCUCCUUUAUUUCUACCAUUACCACGUAGCAACAGUCCUUUGUAUAAUAAAGUAACAGUGGGUGCACCAACGCACACUCUUUUACCAACCGGUCCAUUAAAAAGAUCACAUAGUCCGUCACCUCCUCCGACUGCAUCUCCAUACCAUGCAGGAUACGGAUAUAAACCACCACCUGCUAUUUCAAGUUACAAUCCACCUCCGUCUAAAUCUGAGGAUGCUGCAAGAAGAUCUAACGAUUCUAGAGCUGUUCUUUGGAAUAAAAACAGUCAAUAUUCUGCAUCCAAUUUCUAUUCUGCACCUACCGGACAAAGCGUCUAUAGUUAUUCUGCUCCAACUUCACAGCAGUCUAGAGAAUCCGAACUUGCAAAACCAGUGUAUUUAUCAGGAAAUAGAGCAACAUUAUCUACACAUCAAACAGCUUAUGUAACCAGUUUACAUACUCUAGAACAUAAGGGUGCAUACGCAGAAGAUAAAUUUUAUCUUCGCCCUGGCAGUCAUGUUACUGUACACGGCGGCGCUAUGCCAAUUCAACAGCCAUCACAAACAUUCGAUUAUGUUUUAAAGGGGUCUAAAACAGGUGGUAUUACUUCUGGAUAUCCAGUACGAGCACCUCAACCACCACCUGGACCAUAUCCUCCCCCACCUCCUGGAACUUAUGUUAAUGCAUCUGGUGCUAAUAUACCUGGUCGUUUAUUAUAUACACAACCUGGCGCACGUUAUUUGCAAAGAGAGUUAUAGAAUUAACAUCGAAUACUAUAAUUUUGAUAUAUCAUUUCAUUAACACAAGUAAGUAUUUUCAUUUACAGUUUAUUAACAAGACACAUUUGUAAAAAACAAUAUACGAAUUUAUCUACGAAUACAAAAUAUUUCGAAACAAAACAUCUUUUUUUUCUUUUAUUGCCAUCUAUUACCAAUCAAAAACUGAUCAACUUUUAUUUACGUGAGACACCCUGUUUAUCUUAUGUUAUUAUUAUUAUUAUUGUUAUUAAUGUAUCAGCUUA